AUGAGCUCUAGCGGUACACCUUCUUCCACUAGAGACGCUGUGCCUGUGGCUGUAUCUCCAUCAUCUCAAUAUGUACAACCAACGCUUAAAGUAAUGCGACUUUACAAGCCAAAACUCUACGUUCAGGGUGUUCAUGGAGGAUCUACGUUGCCUACAACUAUGAGUGAUACUAUUAAACUACAGCAUGAGUUUGCACUCUCUAGUAUGCUCAUUCUACCCGAUAGUUUCGGAGAAAUUUUCCUGGGCAAUACAUUUAGCAGCUACAUUAGCGUCAUUAACCCGUACUCGUGUGAAUUACGAGAUGUUAAAUUAUCAGCAAAUAUUCAAUGUGCCAAUGACCGAGUGGAGUUGCACGACAAUCGCUAUGCAAGGAUAGGAAAGAUUCCUCCUCCUAACCCUGUUGCAGUACUUCCUGCUGGAUCAAGUCUAGAUAUGAUUGUGGACUACCCACUGAAUCAAGUGGGAAACCACGUAUUACGUGUCGGGGUAGCUUAUGUGGAUCCCGUGACGGGCGAGAGCAAAUCAUUGCGCAAAUUUUACCGGUUUGGAGUACAAAACCCUUUAGUUAUUAUCUUCAAGCAGCAUUCAAUGCUAUCGAAGCAACAACUACGCGAGACCAUUGUUGAAGCAAAGAUUCAGAAUGUGUCCAAGCUCCCGCUUUUUGUAGAUAGUAUCAAGUUUUUGCCGUUGCUGCCGUUUACGUCCGAAGAGAUGCAAGUGAACACUAUUGGCAAGACGAAGGACGAUCAAGCAUCGAUACAUGAGCUGUUGUCGCUAGACCACGGACCGCAGACACUUGUUUAUCCUCAGGAGGAACUUCAACGACUGUUUCGCGUCUCAUGCGAUCCCGCUGCGGACCCUACGUUGCUUACAGGCCAGAGCUCGCAGGAUCUUGGACGACUUCAUGUAGGGUGGAAAACAUCGAUGGGCGAAGCAGGAUCGGUGCAGAGCCAGCCAGUGGUAUGGAAAGUUGUUGACUACACCGGGGCUGCCGCUGGGUCACACAGCGAGGUCACCGUAGCUUUUGAGGAGAUUCCUAAGGAAGUGGUUGUCGGACAACCAUUUUUAGUAUCUGUAUCUGUGACGAACAAAUCCCUUCAAAGUCUGACACUUCAGCUGCAGUUCAGAAAAGAGCUGAUGACUGGCAUUGUCUGUUCAUCUGCAUCACAUCAGAAUAUCGGCGUGAUAGAAACAAAUACCUCAAAAACAAUUUGGGUCGAGUUUUUAGCUGUUGCUAGUGGACUUCGGGUGCUACGUGGUCCAGUAUGUGUUGACGUCCGAUCAGGCCAAGAGUACGCUCAAACGGCCGUCCUUGCACGCGUACUGGUAGCGCCGCCUCCAUCGUUGUGUAAGACAGUGGAAUGA